GUUCUUGUCUUGUUGUUUUGUUGUAGAGUUGAUGGAGAAAUAUUUAAGUCAAUAUUAAUUUACAAAAUAUAAACAAAACAAAUAAUUUAAAUGAGAUAAUGACGCAAAACAGUGAACGGUUAGACUUUUCCGGUCUUUUUAAAUUAGAUGUUCUGGUACAUUUGGAUGUCGUUACAUAUAGUUUUUAUGAAGUUGGUUUGAAGAAAUUCUUGGCAUUUUCUAGUGACAAAGAAAUAAGGUUCAUUUACAUAAACCCUCUAGGCGAACGGUUCGAAAAGAAUUAUGAUUGGGAUUUUGUAGAUAAUCCCGUUUAUUGCAUGUGCUUCGAACCAAGUGGUACUUGGGUACUCAUUAUUAGUGAACAGAAAGUGCUGCUUGUUCCAUUUCUCCCAUUGUUUGUACCGCAUAAUGAUUAUGAUUGUAAGUGGUCUUUAUCAAGUGUGACUGUUUUACCACUAAGCAGUAUCCCAAAACCAACAUCAGUUGUAUGGUGGCUGACCAAUGAAUCAGAAAAUGUAUUGAUCAUAGCUUCAAAGACUGGCCUAAUCUCAUUUUACUCAUUGGAGUCACAAAGUAUUCUCGGAGAGUGCAAAGUGGCCGGAGAGAUAGUGGACUUGCAGAUAUGUUUUGAUGAUUUCUUAGAUUUGUUAGCAUUAUUGAUAUCUACAGAUAAAUCCCAACAAUGGAAGCUAGUAUUAGAACAUAGAUACUAUAGCUACAACUGGCUUCAACAGACUCGAGCACAAACAGAUAGAGACAAAAAAGAAGGUUUCAUAUCCUAUAUCAAACAGUUAUCAAAAGAUAAAAUUGCAUCUAUCAGUCAAGGAAUGAAGGAUGACAAAGCACAAUCAGUCGAGCAUUCUUUGAAACCAACAGAAUACUUACCAUUGUUUCGGAAGGGCUCAAAUCAUUGGACUUUGACAGCUGAGUAUGUAAAUGGCCGUCAUUUCUUGACUGCAUUUGAACUGAAUGAAGGCGUUUUAAUACUGGAAAGUCCUGAUGAAGAUUCACCAUCAAGAACCCUGCGGCCGCGCAUAAACAAAGAUUGCCAGUACAUACAGGGCCUUUGCUCAGAAAGACUCAUCUACUUGUUGAGAAAAAACGUAUUGGAAGUCCAUAGCGCAGCGUUUUCUGCUGUACAGGGGGACGCUCUAUUAGGUGCAAAAACUGAGUUCACGGAACUGUGGUCGGCACAGUUGAUUGGAGACGUGCGCCGUGGCCAUGUGAUGUCUGCGAAGGAACCGCCAGUUAGUAGCGCGGAAUGGAGGGAGCCAACCUUCAUGUGUGACCUGCAACUGCCGAGGUUCAACCUCGAGCCCUGUCUCAUUGUGACCAGCAGCGGGGCCUUUAUUUUGAACACUGUGAGUUCUCCGUGCGAGUGGCUGGUGGGUAUGAUAAUGCGCGGCGGCGCGGGCGCGGAGCUGUCGGCGGCGGCGCUGGGCACGCCGCUGCCGCCGCUGCUGGGCGCCGCCGCCGACAUGCUGCUCUCCCGCGGGAACAUCGCGCCGGCGCACUACCUGCACACCUUGGCACAGAGUCAACCAGACGGCUGGAUUGCGCGCUUAGGUGUAUUUGGUAGGCUUCACGAACUGGCCAUGUAUAAACCAGCGAGCAACGUUACCACUGUUGGCAAUGCCGCAAUCACUAUUAAAAUGUUGGCAAUAAUUUUGAAAAUGGCGACCAAUCACGAAGAGAAGUUUGAUAUUAUGGGUACAAGAUUCACUUCGUUUAACGCAGUAGAACUUCAAGAGUUAACGUCGUUUGCCGCAGCCAUCGGUCUCUGGGACUUGGUCCCCGUUUUCAGCGUUCACCGAGGGAACCCUAGCCUUAUGUUGGCAGCACUGAAAGCCCGUAAAGAUAUAUGCAGAGGCGCUUUACACUGCUUGUUAGAUCAUUACAGUCUUAUACCAUUGUUGCUGGAGGAGAACGCGCAAUGGCUAUUCGAUUUUAUUGUUGCGAAGUGCGGUGAAUUGGACACGGCUGUUUUGAUGAACAUCUGUUUAUUUCUCAACCCAUUGCAAGAUCAACUGCGACCCAUAAUGCGUGAUAUGAAACAAGGCAUUUCCUCAAUUUAUACAGCAAGAAUGCUUUAUUUAAUAUCCACAUUUAUGCACGUCGCGAGUGCUCUCGAGUCCAGACUCCCCUGUCCCGAUAUCCACAGGGAAGUGAAACAGAAGUCUGAAACCUGGAAGAAUCAGUAUACACCAAAAAGAGUUCUCAGCUGCGGUCUGGGCCACUGGGCAGUGGCUGAUCAAGGAUUUGGAAAAAUAUUGAUGACGAAUAGUCCGAUAAAUACGGAGUUGAUCGGGAGGGUGAUUGACGUGGCUUGUGGAAGGCACCAUACGCUUGUGUUGACUGAAAAUGGGCUGUACGCGAGCGGAGACAACUCGUUCGGGCAGCUGGGCGCGGGCGCGCGCUGGGCGGGCGCGGGCGGCGCGGCGGGCGCGGGCGGCGCGCUGCGGCGCGUGCGCGCGCGCUGGCCCGCGCCGCUGGCCGGGCUCGCCGCCGGACACUACCACUCCGCGGCCGUCGACCGAGGGGGCCGGCUCUAUACGUGGGGGUGGGGCGUUCAUGGACAACUAGGCCACGGUAGCAUCGACGAUAUAUGGACACCGAAAUUAGUAGCCAAAUUUCAGGGUAGAAAGGUCCUAAGUGUGAGUUGCGGCGCCUGCCACAGCAUAGUUUUAACCCGUAGCGGAGAAGUAUUCGCGUUUGGUGCAAGUGUGUUUGGACAAUUGGGUUCAGGCGGUCGACAGAAGUCUUCGGUGCCGGUCAAGGUGCCUCUUCAGCAGCCCGUGAAGGCAAUCGCUGCAGGAUAUUUCCAUAAUUUGGCGCUGACCCAGAACGGGUCGGUGAUGGUGUGGGGCGCGUCCCCGCAGCAGGCGCGCGCGGCGCACGCCCGGCGCGCGGCGCUGGCGGACGGCGCGGCGGACGGCGCGGCGGGCGGCGCCGGGCACGCGGCCGAGCCGCACCUGUCCGUGGCCGCGCUCGACACGCACCACUUGCCGGGACACGUCGUUAAGAUAGCAGCCGGUUGGCAUCACUCAUGCAUAAUCAACAAUUUUGGUACCCUUUACACCUGGGGGCUUAACUUCGAUGGUCAAUUAGGAAGUGGUGAUAGAAAACAGGUACAGAUACCAACAGAAGUGCGCAUGAAUACAACCGAGAAGAAUAGUGCGUCCAAGACUCCGGCGGAAAAUAAGAAUGUGAUGACGAAAGCGAUGGUGGCUUGUGGUGGAGAUUUCACGGUCUAUAUAGACGACGAUGGAAAUAUUUUCGCUACUGGCAAUGCGAAUUUUCAGGUUAACGAGAAAGAAAAAGGCCAUAGUCGCGUCAUUAUGAUGAAAACAACUAAACGUGUUAUCAAAAUACCCGGCUCUCGCAACAGUAAGUUCUUAUUUCAACACAUUGGUAAAUUGGCCAAUCUGUUCCCAUACUGGACGUUAGAAGAUGCUCAGAGGAACAAUAUAGAGCCUACAUUGAACCCAUUGUCAUCUAUAGAGGAUUUCAGCAACAAAUCUUGGGCAGACGAUAUAAUCUUACUUCUUAAACCGUGGAUCAACAAAGAGAAUCUGUCAAGCAAUUUCAACAUGGCGGCAAAGUUCGCAUAUCAUACAGAAAAAUACUCGAAAUGCCUAAAACUUUUGUUGAACAAUCUCAAAGUUUUGCCAAAAGAACAUGGGGUCUAUCUCACUCACAACGAAAACUCCGACGCGCGGAAGAGAGAUGAAUUGAAAAUAGUUAUAAAGAACAUUAUGUCUAAACGUAUCAAAGACGUAUCAUUGACCAUUCUGAAUGGCGAACUAUAUCCUGAAAUUAAUCCUGCAACAUAUCGAGAUUUGCCUUGUUGCUGUAAUGAGCUUAGUUACAUUCCCGAGAGGGUCCCGAAAUCAGUUGUAAGAGAUGGUGAUUUAGCUUUAAAAGCAGCAGAUAUCAUAGAUAAAUGUAUAAGUAUGUUCCCUGUAGAUACAAGUUUGUGGGAGACCUGUUUUCGUUACUCAAAAGAUUUUUUUGUAGAAAACAAAUUGUCCUACAUUGAGUUAGAAACGGUUCUUCGAAAAUAUAUGGAGUCGAACGCGUCGACGAUGGCGGCAGCUAUUAUGUAUUCGAAUGAUUGCUCCCAAUACGGCGAGAUAUUAACACCGAAAUUUUACUUGAAUAUGUGCAAUAUGGUCUUAGAUAGCUGGGGUUGAGUGUUCCAUUCCAAGCCGAUAUUAAAAUAAUCUAAUGUUUAAACUUUAGUGACUAGUUUCAUAAUACAAAUACUUUUGUUCAGCUCAAUCAUAACAUUGUUAAAACUCGCCGAAAGAUCAGUUCCAGUAGUCAUUGUUUGCUAUUUGUGCUAUACUAGUUAUAUAAGUUUACGGUCUAUUGCACUGAAGAGUUCCAUGUUGUUACAUUGAUCAUCUGAGAUUUAUCAGAUAUAUGCGACUGUAGUUAGAUCAACGACUAAUUUUGAAAUAUUUUUAUAAUAUAACUUAAUAGUUAGGGUAGCUUUUCAAUUAAUAUUUAGAGAAUGAUUUGCCUACUUUUAUAUAUAACUAUAUUUAGUAGAUUUUCAAUAAACGAGGCGGUCAUAUCGUAAUUGUUUAUAACAUUAAAGCAACAAAAAUAUCUGUUAUUAAUAUUUCUUAAGUUUUUACUUUCAGUAGUUUUCAUUGGAAAUUCUGCAUAGCCGAAGAAUAAUCAAUAUCAAAGACAAAUACUUCGUUUUCAGAAUAAUAUAUGUUUAUACAAUAUAUAUAAGUAUGAUGUCUUUCCGAUAUAUUCUCAUAUGGUACGCAAUAGACAGAUCUAACAGGUCCGAAGGCCAUGUUCAUCUGGAUAUGAAUUUCAUAGGAAACACUUAUGAUUAUGAUUUUCAUUUAAAAGAAUAUGUAUAGAAAAUUCGUAUUCCUGUUUUACCUACAUUAUUCAGUUCAUUUACUACCUACCAGGAAAGCCGGUAUGAACAGGUGCAUAUGUACCGAUAUAUCUUGUAUAUUAUCUUUGAUAUACCGUGUAUCAUUGGCUAAGCAGAUAGGUCCAUGUACGAGUAUCUCAAACUAAUGUGUUAUCUGUUAUUUAACUCUUUAGAAAUGUUGUGAUUUACUUCUCUUUUUUACUUACUCCGUGCCAUUUUAAAUGCUCUCUUUGAUUUUUAUUGUUAAUAUUAAAUUGUGAUGUUAUCUAAUUUACAUUUUUUUUAAAGUUAUGAGUUUUGGUAACAAUGUUUACACUGCUCCUUUAUAUUUUUACCAAAAACAUAGUUUUAGUAUCAAAUAUAUCGUACCGUCCUAUUGUGAAAUCAAACUGUAAUCAGCCUAUCUAUUAUAUUAAUGCUAUAGAGUUAUAUAAUAUUUCGUGUUGUAUUUUAUAUCUAGUCAUUUGUUUUAUACGUUUUUAUUAGUUUAGAGCGUUACAAUCAUGAAAUAUUUUGCAUAACAAUUGUAUUUAUCGCAUAUUUUAAAAUUAAAAUCUUCUAACAAG